AUGGCCGAGGAGAAGCCCUUGCCUCAUGUCUCGAUCUUGCAGAACAGCUCGAUUCGUCUACCUGACUUCAAGCCGUACCAACCUAAUCCUGCUCUGAACUACACCCCGGAGUUCCAACGACACACUUGCAAAGACUGCAAAAGGCUGAUCUUGGAGCUCCUUGAACACCCAGUAGGUCGCUCUCCAGAUGAAUACAGCAACUUUGAAAGUCACCGUGAUGGGCUUCUGUCCACGUUAGUCCAUGGUUCGGCCAGUUGCCGCGUAUGCGCCAUUAUCAUCAAUCAGAUUCUAUGCGAUCGCACUGAUGUUCAGCAUGAAUUCACUCAUUAUCAGCUUGCUUUGCCACUCAAGAAGAAUAGUUUCUGUGUCAGGCUCACAAAUGAUUCAGAAACGGCUGACACCGCCGGGAGAAACAUUUAUGGCGAAUUUGCCCUUUAUCGCAGCGAAUUACCAAAUGAGUUCUCUUGGUUAGAUUAUGGGAUUGUCUAUACGCCCACGUGGACCGAUUUGUCUGUUGUUAGUUUUCAGCCGUAUCUUGCGUCACGAGAUUAUCCUUGCCGUGAAAAGGCAAUCGACAAAAUCAAGGGCUGGAUAGAUACCUGUGAAGCGGAACAUGAUCACUGUGCCCAACAACACUCUACGGGGCUCCCUAAACGGGUCCUCAAGAUUGCAAACGAUAACAUUUCUCUCUACAUAUCCCAGAAAAAGGAUGUUCCAACUGAAGAUCAACGCUACGUCGCUCUGAGUUACCGAUGGGGGAACGAUCUUCCGUUGAAACUAACCCAGAACACGUUGGGCGACUUCAUCAAAGGAUACCCCAUCUCCAAGCUGCCUGAUACUCUCCAAGACGCGGUGCGCAUCUCUCGCAAUCUAGGCUUCAAGUUUAUCUGGAUCGAUGCCCUCUGUAUCGUCCAGGAUGACGAAAAUGACUGGGUGGAACAGUCGGCCCUGAUGGCGGAUAUCUACCAACACAGUAGCCUCAACCUGUGCGCGGCGGACUCAGCAGGCUGUGGCUCAGGAAUGGUGGAAAUGGCAGCGCCGCACUUGAUGGAAAUUACUACUGCAGUGACCCAAUCUGCAGACACUGGUUCAAGAGAGACAGUAGUUCUGGUGGGAGGCCCUAUCUCUACCGCCAUUAUCGACUGGGAUAGAUGUGGGCUUCUUUCCAGGGGAUGGGUCUUCCAGGAGGGCCUCUGCUCCCCUCGCGGCCUCUAUGUUAGCCGUCGGCACGGCUUGUUUUGGGACUGCGGGGCGAUGAUCGAUAUGAUUGACAGGCGUGAGUCAAUAUCGACCGGGGAUUUUGAUCAUGCAUUCAACCCACGCACCGAGAGGCGGUCUUUUUUGUCUCUUACAAAAAAUGCGAACCGUCACUCUAUGGCAGUCCGAGAUUUCUCCUUCACCUGGUAUGACUGGAUGGAGCUCUAUACAUCGAGAUACCUCACGCGAAAAACAGAUCGUCUCCCCGCCGUAGCGGGUAUGGCCUCUUAUGUCGCCUCGCUAUCGGGAAUGAAGUACAAGGCCGGAUUGUGGGAGGAGGAUAUCCUACGCGGAUUGAUGUGGCGUAGAGGCAGUUCGCGCCACGCCAAGCGAGUACCAGGAGGCGCACCUACAUGGAGCUGGGCUUCGAUCACCGGGCCAGUCUAUUAUGAUGAGUUCUUUACCAUGCGUGUUAACCACCGUGGGAAGAUUGAUCAUUGUGCCGAGUUGGACCUCGACAUCAUGGACACGACCAUUGAAGAAGAGCAGCCAGGUACAUUUGGGAAUGUACGGCGCGGAGAAAUCAAGGCCUCUGGCGUCUUGAAGCACGCCGCGACGAUGUUGCUGAGAGAACAGUGGAAUACGAAAUGGGAAUUCGACAUACAGCCUAAAGAACCCGAAGCUGACGUCCUCGAACAUUGCCAAGUACUGCGGCUCGCCAAAGCCUACCGGGAUAAGGAGGGUACCCCCCCAGUUGUCUAUUUUCUAAUUAUCCGGGAAACAGGCCGGCGCGAAAAAGGAUACCAGCGCGUCAGCCAAGGGUGUAUUGUGCUAAAAUACGACCAGCAUCCGAAUCGUUGGAAAAGAUUUCGUAUUUUUUCUAGCACAAAGCCUAAUUAUGGGUUUUCAGAGGAGGAGGUAUGGAGGGAGCUUAAGAAAGUUGCGUUGACUCUUAUUUAA